AUGGUUCCAAAAAUAGAAAAAAUUUGUGGAAACUUCAAAUUCUGGGAGGCGCCCCGUUGGGACGCAGUCACACAAACCCUGUAUUUCGUUGAUAUUAACGGAUACAGCAUCCACAGAUACGUGCCUGCAACUAAAAAACAUACUAACUAUUGCCGAUAUUCCGCUGGGAAAAGGUACGCUCUACAGUUUCCAGGACAAAAAAACACUUCACAUUUUGGAGGUAUAGGAAUAGCCAACGGGAUCGCUUUCAAUGUUCAACUGAAGAAAAUUUACUACAUCGAUUCAAGAACUGGAACGGUUGAUGAAUACGAUUUUGAUAUCGAGAAAGGAGUAUUAUCCAACGGUAAACCAAUCUUCACCGUGAGUAAAAAUGGACUUGAAGGUAUGGUUUUUGAUGGAAUGACUAUCGAUACUGAUGGAAAUUUGUAUAUAGCAGUAUGUGGCUCCAGAGAUAUCAAAAUUGAUCCUAGGAGACCGGAAACUUUGCUGGACACAAUAGUUUUACCAGCUAAAAUUAUUUCAGCAUGUUUUGGAGGUGCCAAUUUGGACGAGUUAUUCGUAACUAGUGGCCAAGUGGGUAUUACACCUGGACCUGAUGACGGAGCUACGUUUUGUGUAACAGGACUGGAUGCUAAGGGGUUUGCUGGUGAUGCUGUAGUGUUGUAAAAAAUUCAUGUACCU